UUUUCAGAGAUUGUGAAAUGGAUCAUGAUCUUUGGAAGGAUUGUCUAUUGGUGGCCAGAGCUGCAUUUGAAACACCACUGUCGUUGUUGUUGGAGAUGGGGAAAGAGUCCUGAGUCUUAUCUAUAAACCAGCAAAAACUGUACAUCGUUAUGUAGGGAUUUACUACGAGGUGUGGAGCCGGUGAGGAGAUCCAGAGAUGAGCCGAGGGAAGAGGAUGUUGCAACAAUGAAGAUAGGAGCCGCACUGAAUCCCAGCAGCCACCCGGUGCUCCGGAGCACAACCAGCAAUCCCGCAACAAUAAGGUACUCAAGGUGUUCAAGCUGCAGGCAGUUUUAAUAGAACAGAAAACAGCAGCAAUGUUUUGACCUGCUAAGAGGUCUUUGUCCAGCCCAGGAGGACUGGGAAAGGUAAGAUAAGAAUCUCUAAAGACCAGUGCCAUCUAGACAAGGUUAUGGAGAAAAUAAGUUGGCGGUCCACCGUGGGAAAAACAUCAGAAAUUAGAAAAACUAUUAGCAGAGAGUCUUAAACUUUGGAUUUAGUUACACUUAACUUAAAAAAAAUGAUUACCUUUAAUUAAUCUUGAACUGUUGCCAUACCUUUUUUAUUCUGUACAUGAAAAUAAUAUACACAUGUUUUUAUAUUUUUUUAGAUUGUAAAGUGUCACAUCUACAUAGAGUUGGAUGGACUAUGACUGUAAGGAAUGAAUCGAGAGUCACAGAAAUCAUACUUCUAGGCUUUGGAAAUCUUUAUGGCUUCAACAUUUUAAUUUUCAUCAUAUUCCUUAACAUUUUCCUAAUCACAGUAACUGGAAAUCUUCUGAUCAUUGUGUUAGUUUCAAUUAGUCAUCACCUUCAUUCUCCCAUGUACUUCUUUCUUUGCCAUCUAUCACUGUCUGAUAUUGUUCUCACAACAAAUACUUUACCUAGCCUGAUGGGUGCAAUCUUACACGGUGGGAAAGUUAUGACAAUUCUUGGUUGUAUAACUCAAUUCUAUUUCUUUAGUGGUAUUACUGUUACAGAAUGUUUCCUGCUUGCAGUGAUGUCCUUUGAUCGAUACCUGGCUAUAUGUGUCCCAUUGCGUUACAUGUCUAUCAUGGACUUUACAUUGCGUACCUGUCUGUCUGCCUUGCCCUGGAUGUUAGGAUUUACCAUGAACCUAAUUGGAUUCAUACCUGUAUCCAACUUUCAGUUCUGUGAUGGAAACAUCAUUGACCACAUAUAUUGUGACCUUUCCCCUCUCCAAAAACUUUCAUGUUCUGACACGUCUCUGGUGGAAUUUAUAGCCAUUGUAAGUUCUACUCCUUUAUUUAUCUGUCCUUGUGGAUUUAUCAUAGUGACUUAUGUUCAUAUCUUCCUUAUGAUACUUAGGAUCCCUUCUACAACUGGAAGACAGAAAGCCUUUUCAACCUGCAGUUCCCACCUUCUUGUGGUUGGUGCAUUCUAUGGGACAUUAAUAAUAAAGUAUAUGAUACCGUCCAUAGGAGAUUUAUUGCUUUUAAAUAAGAUUAUGUCAUUGCUGCAUACUGUGUUUACCCCCCUGUUUAACCCUUUAGUAUACAGUCUAAGAAACCAAGACAUCAGGAUAGCACUAAGAAAGAUUUCUAAACAUUAGAGACACUUUUUAUACAUACACAUUAUAAUCUCAGAAAAUGUCUCUAAAUUAUUCUCUGACAACCUUCACUGCUUUGCUCUGAUUUACUG